AUGCCUCCAAGACUAAGAGCCUGUGACGGCUGCUCCAAAAGAAAGAUUCAAUGCGUCAGACCAGAUCCCGAAGGGCUGUGUGAACGCUGCGCCAAGCUUCAUCUCGAGUGCGUGACGACCAGUACACCGAUCGUGAAAAUCGCCGUUGGAAAACAGGUCGCGGCCCUUGAGAGCCGAGUCGCUGAGCUUGAAGCAUCUCUUGUGCAGAUGCGCUCCGAGAUUAGCGCAACUCGGGCCGCCAGUUCACUUUCAACCUCGCGAGGUAAUUCUGAGGAUACCACGGGCUGUAUCUCGCCAUAUCUCCAAGAAAAAACCGCAAACACUACUGCAUCGAUCUGGACAUGUCUCGGAGAGCACUGGUACUUCAAAGGCAUCCCCAUCAAUUCCCCCCAAGGCCGACAGUGGAUAUCCUCCAAGAUCGGCGAAAGCGUCUCCCUAAAUGGCUUCCGUCUCUUUGGGUCGCAGAAACACCAUUUUAGUAGCUCUUCACCUCUAUUCACCUUUCCAGAACGACAGAUGAUAGAAGCAUUCUUAAAUUCGUACUUCACCUCACCCUGGCGACUUUUAUACCCCAUCAUUGACAUCGCGCUUGUUGAGGAGACGUUGGCGGCGGCUUAUACCGAGUCGCAGUCGGCGCAGGUGUGCCUUUUGGCGUUCAUGGCUCUGUGUUCACGGAUGAAGGGCUCUCUGCUACAGCUUGAUGAUAGUGAUGUCUAUAUACGUGCGUCGCACAGCUAUUUGCCGCAGUUACUUGGCCAGAGCACCCUGGAAAGCCUUCAGACGGUUAUCAUGCUUCAAAUAUAUCAUCUGCUAUCAGGUCAGUGGGGUGCCGCUGCUGAACUUCAUCCCUACGCCUGCCGUGCUAUAUACGAUCUGAAAGGCCACAGCGCACAUCCACGCCGGUCAGAUGCUGGAGUUGAUCGUCGGCAAAGACAUAUCCGGAACCUCUUCUGGGUGUGCUACAUUCUCGACAAAGAUAUAGCCCUAAGAUACGGAAGACCACCUUGUCUGACGAGGGACUAUUGUGACCUGACGCUGCCGGAUGAUUGGGCAAGGGUAUAUCAGGGCCGGGCUGGCACUACUCAAGGUGGGAUGCUCCUCCAAGACGAUUCUAUUUGCUUUUCGCAGGACCUUUGCCUGUCACAGAUCAAAGAAAAGAUCUGUCUGUUUCUCUGCUCGCUGGACAAUUCGAAACUAUCAGAUGGAGCGAUUUUGGGUCAAGUUCGCCAACUGGACGUUGAUCUUGAGACAUGGCGCUCAAGUAUCCCUAAUGAUUAUAGGCCGAAAUGGUCUCUGAGUUCCGAGCACCCUAUCCUGCAACCAGAUAUGUCUUUUGUUCAAAGAAUAAGGUGUAUCCAUCUGCAGCUGGAGUAUAAAUACCUAAUGACGAUGAUUCAUACCGCUGUCCGGAGAUGCGGUGCAAAAUACGCUGUGGAUGAUAAACUCCCUGAGGAUCUACAUAAUGUUUAUCAUUCAAGUAGUGAUAUCUCUCUCGAGGCGAGUCGCACUACUCUCCAGAUCUUCAAAUCACAAAUAGAUAUCCUCCAAGAAGACAUGUUUGGCCACGUCGCGAUUUACCCGCCAAUAGCGGCCAUGGCUCUAUUUAUGAACCUCCUUCUUCACCCUUCUGAUCCGCGGGCCCGAAACGAUCUUGAUCUCUUGGCGGGUUGUGCAACGCUGUUCCAGGAUAUGCCGAUGCGAGACUUGACGAAUGAUGAUAUCGACUGUAUCCAAGAGCUGAACCGGUUCAUUUCCGAACUGAUCAUGUCUUCAACCACCACCAUCCAAGCCCAGAGCGGCACCCUCACCAUCUCCCCCAACUCCAAACCCUCCCACGGCCAUGAACUCAAAGACAAAACCCCCCUUCAAGCAAUGUCCCAUGGCGACGUCGUCCUCCGCGGCAUCCCCACGCACCCAGACUUCGCCUCCCAGCGCCAAUGGCAGCUCGAGCACAUGGCCGCCGCCUUUCGCCACUGGCACCGCGAGGGCUACGUCGAAGGCAUAAGCGGCCACAUUUCCGUGCGCGACCCCGAAUUCACCGAUGCUUUCUGGACGAACCCCCUAGGCCGCCACUUUGGUCUUUUGAAAGUAAGCGAUAUGAUUCUUGUUAAUCUUAAGGGGGAGGUCAUUGGCGGGAAUCGCUCGCGACCGCCUAACUCGGCGGGGUUUUUGAUCCAUGCUUCUAUUCAUAAAGCUAGGAGCGAUGUUCACGCUAUUUGUCAUUGUCAUAGCAUUCACGGCAAAGCUUGGUCUGUGUUUGGCAAGCGUCUUGAGAUGUUGACGCAAGAUGUGUGUAAAUUCCGAGGAGACGCGCAUAGCGUUUACGACAGCUACGGUGGCGUCGUGCUGGGCAGUGAAGAAGGAGACCGCAUCGCAGCAGCAAUGGGCCCCAAAGGAAAAGGCUGCAUCUUGCGAAACCACGGUAUCCUGACUGUUGGACAAACAGUAGACGAGGCAGCGUGGCUGUAUACGUCUAUGGAGAGGAGCUGUCGUGUGCAGCUCCUCGCUGAGGCGGCGGCGGCGAAUGGCUUGCCCAAGGUGCUGAUUGACGAUGAAGAGGCCAAUUUCAACUUUGAUGUUGAGAGUGAUCCUGAGAUUUGUUACUGUGAGUUUCAGGCUUAUUACGAUUUGGAGGAUGAGCUGUCCAAUGGGGCUUUUAAGAAGUAG